AAAAAGAGGAAGGAAAAGAAGGCUGAGGUGGUACCGGGGACCAGGCGGGAAGGGUGGGCGGAAGGAAGAUCCGGCCUGCAGGUGACGUAAACUCGGCCUCCAGAGUAAGGCUGACCCUUUAUCAGGCAGCAUCACCCCGAACCCUCACCACCCCCAUUCCACGCCUCAAAGGAAGAACCCGGAUUCUCUGAAGCAGCCAAGCCCCAGGGUGGGCCUGGAACCUGCAGACGGCAGCGCCCAGCCGGCAGAACCCAGCAUCCCUGCUCUGGCCUCCCAGGGUCCGGGCAGCAGAGCAGCCACCAUGCACAUCCCAGAGAGCCUCCAGGACCUGGCCGACAGUGAAGCUGUGCAGUUUCUCAAGAGGCCAAAGGCGAUCACACGGAUCUUUGCAGGGGUCUUCUCCCUGAUCGUGUUCUCCUCCCUGCUGACUGACGGCUACCAGAACAAGACCGACAACUCGGAGCUGCACUGUGUCCUCAACAGCAACAGCGCGGCCUGCAGCUUUGCUGUGGGGGCCAGCCUGUUGGCCUUUCUCAGCUCACUGGCCUUCCUGGCCCUGGACGCCCACGAGGUCCGCCUCGCCAGCACCCGCUUCAAGACGGCCUUCCAGCUCCUGGACCUCAUCCUGGCCGUCAUCUGGGCAGGCGUCUGGGCUGUGGGAUUCUGCUUCCUGGCCAACCAGUGGCACCGUUCGCCACCCAGAUACUUCCUCCUGGGGAGCAACAGCGCCAAGGCCGCCAUCACCUUCUCUUUCUUCUCCAUCCUCGUCUGGAUAUUCCAGGCCUACCUGGCCUUCCAGGAGCUCCGAAAUGAUGCCCCGGUCCCCUACAAGCGCUCCCUGGACGAGGGCGGCGUGGUCCUGACCUCCCUCUCCCCACCGUCCGCCGCCAGCCCUGUCAACACGCCCACCACCGGCCCCCACGGCCCGAGCUACGCCAGCUCCUCCCUGUCCCCCUAUCUGAGCACCCCGAAGGCCCCCCGCCUCGCCAUGAUGCCCGACAACUAGAGAGCCUUCUCUACACCAAUAAAGACAGAAUCCUCCCUCCAGAAGGGUUUUGGAAAACAGCCCUUUUCCUCUCACGUCUGUUCCUCUCUGGUCCCUCGGGCGGCCAGGGGUCUCCUUGAGGGGAGGGUGUCUCUGCGGCAGGUCCCAUUUCCAUCCCACCUCCCGGACUCUCCAUCCGA